AUGUUCAAAGCCGGUCUGCUUCUGAUUUUAAUUGCCUCGAUUGGCGGUGCGCAGUGCCGUAUGCCGAGGAUGCCAUCAUUUUCAAACAGAGGACCGAUCGGGCGCAGCAUCGCGGAGAUGCUAAAACGGAACACGGUAAAAGCGAUGGGAGGGGCUGCGACGUUGGGUGGUGCGGUGGCAUUUGCCGUGGAAAUGAUCGUGGAAGCCUUGACCGAUCCGGACGAAACAGAAACCAAAGAAGCGCUCCAAGGGUUCUUUCCCAUGCGUUUCACACUGUCAGAGACCGAGUUCGCCUUGAAUGUGGAGCAAUUCGGAAAAAAGCACUUCUUCGAGAAAGUCGAAGAGGCACUGAAAAAGGAAAAAGAAGAAAUUUGCAUGUCAGCUCCCAACGGCGAACAGAUCAAAAUUCGGAACAAUAAUGUAGGAAUCGGCAUGCUUCUGCUCUAUACGAUCAGCGGUCAGCAGCGUAACACCCAGCUGUUUGAAUGUAUU